ACUGCCAAAUCUCGUUGCCACCGCGGGGUUUAACAACUCGUGCUCCCCUUAUCCCCUCCCUCCUCUCCAUCCCCACUCCCAAAUUCCUCCGAUUCCCGCGGGCUCGCAGAUCCAGGCAGCCUCCCUCCGCCGAACCACCACCCGAUGAGCCACCGGCGAGUGGAGGCAUGCGACUCCUGGCGCCCGCCGCCCGUGCCCGGGCACGCGCCUGCUCUCCUCCUCCGCGCGGGUAACCCGUGGGGCCGCUCCUGCCCGCCCUGCGCCUUCGCGUCUCUCUCCGUCCGUGAGGGCGGGGCGGCCGCCGUCAAGGCGGAGGAUGUGGGAGAGGAGAAGGAGAGAACGCUGGCUCAGGUGGCAGCGGAGGUCUCCGGGACGAAGGGCAAGAUGCCGCCGGUGGCGCAGCUGCUGAAGCACCCCCUGGCGCUGCUGGCGCUGGUGCCCAGCAGCGUCGCGCUCUUCGCGGCCGGCGCCGGGGCGGGCGCCGUCGCCAAGACGGUUACCGCGCCGCUCGACCGCGUCAAGCUCCUCAUGCAGACACAUAGCGUGCGGAUGGCGGGUGAGAGCACCAAGGGAAUUGGAUUCGUGCAGGCUAUGGCAGAGAUAGGGAAGGAGGAGGGUAUAAAGGGUUACUGGAAGGGCAAUCUUCCACAGGUUAUCCGCAUAAUUCCAUACAGUGCAGUGCAACUUUUCUCAUAUGAAGUUUACAAGAAAGUAUUCCGGAGAAAGGAUGGAGAGCUUACUGUAUUUGGGAGACUUGCAGCUGGGGCUUGUGCGGGCAUGACUUCUACACUUGUGACUUACCCACUCGAUGUCCUCCGGCUUAGGCUAGCAGUUCAAUCUGGACAUAGCACUAUGUCACUGGUUGCUCUGAACAUGCUGAGAGAAGAAGGGCUAGCUUCCUUCUAUGGGGGCCUUGGUCCAUCUCUUAUAGGAAUUGCACCUUACAUUGCUGUAAACUUCUGUGUUUUUGACCUAAUGAAGAAAUCCGUACCGGAGAAGUACAAGAGUAGACCAGAGACUUCUCUAGCAACUGCUCUUCUUUCAGCAACAUUUGCAACUUUGAUGUGCUAUCCGUUGGACACUGUUAGGAGGCAGAUGCAAAUGAAAGGCACACCAUACAAUACAAUUUUUGAUGCCAUUCCAGGCAUUGUGGAGCGUGAUGGUCUAGUUGGGCUAUACAGAGGUUUUGUGCCAAACGCGCUGAAAAAUCUACCAAAUAGCAGCAUUAAACUCACCGCAUUCGACACAAUGAAGAUCCUGAUAUCUACUGGGCAAAAGGAACUGGAAAAAAUAAUGCAAGAAAAUCAGGAGAAAACAAGCUAGGAAAAUAGCCUUGCACAACCUUAAGGCUCGGGGAGCUGGCAUACUACCCCUUUACAUGCUCCAAUUCUGGAUGAAUCUCACUUUCCCAGGUCAUAUUAUAGAGUUUAGACAGGCACAUAUUUGAUGUUCCCUUACAAGUUGGUCCUAACUUACAGUGGUUUUUGUACACCUUGCUGCCUGCUGAAGAUCGAGGCAUUAGAAUCAAGCAGGGCAAUUAGUUGUUUUUCUUAGUGGCGGCGUGGCUUUAGCUAGCGUUAGUACAAGCAUUCACCUUACCUGAUAUUUAUUCGAGUGGAAACAUAGAUUGACCUCAUAAGCUCUCCAGAAAGUUUAUCCCAAUGUUUUGUAAACAGAUCUAUGAAAUACAAUGGAGAGCUUGGAUA